AUGGCGCAGCUACUUUCCCCUGUUUGUACGGAUCUUCUGAAGUUCCAGAGCUCGGUUCUUAGCUCCAGAUCAUGCCCGUCGCGUUUCUCGGCGAAGACUAGCGGUGCUUCGUCUUGGUGCUUACCUGGGUACGCCGGAAAGAAGCGAAGUCGCUCCAUCGGAAGGUUGAGAGUUGCAACUGAGGAUGGUUCUUCUCUUUCCACCGAUGAUGUCGCCGACGAUUACUAUUCCGUUCUCGGACUGCUCCCAGAUGCAACACAGGAGGAGAUUAAGAAAGCAUACUACAACUGUAUGAAAUCUUGCCAUCCAGACUUGAGUGGCAAUGACCCAGAAACCACAAAUUUCUGCAUGUUCAUAAACGAUGUCUAUGAGAUUCUGAGUGACCCUGUACAGCGUAUGGUUUACGAUGAAAUCCAUGGGUAUGCAGUGACUGCCAUCAAUCCUUUUCUUGAUGACUCCACCCCAAAGGAUCAUGUUUUCGUUGAUGAGUUUGCUUGUAUAGGAUGCAAGAAUUGUGCCAAUGUGGCUCCUGAUAUAUUCAAAAUCGAGGAAGAUUUUGGAAGAGCAAGGGCCUGUAACCAGCGUGGGAAUCCAGAUUUACUUCAACAAGCAGUUGAAACAUGUCCCGUUGAUUGUAUCUAUAAGACAUCGGCUGCACAGUUGUCAUUGCUUGAAGACGAGAUGCGACGUGUUGAAAGAGUGAAUGUUGCUCUGAUGCUUUCUGGAAUGGGGUCAGGAGCAGUUGAUGUUUUCAGAAUGGCGAGAUCACGAUGGGAAAAGAGGCAAGCAAAAGUUUUGAAUCAAGCUAGAAGUAGAAUGAUGAAGCGGAAAGGCACAGACGAAACACCUUCCUAUUGGGAUAACCUCUGGGGCGAACAGAAUCAGUACCAGAAAAGCGAGGAAGAAGUACAAGAACGAGCACAGCGAGCUGCCGCAGCAGCGAGGAGAUGGAGGGAAUACUCACGAAGAGGCGUGGAUAAGCGGCCCACCUUCAAACUCCCCGAGUCUGCUUCAAGAGGAGAGAACUGA